UCACGCUAACUGUAUGGAUACAGUAAUUGGGUUUCCAACCAACUGACUGCCGACGUGUAUUGGAGGGGCGUCGGUUGAACGGCUUUACUUUUCAAAACCUGGCAACUCUGUAAACUGUAGAGCCAUGUCUCCAUCAGUGCCCCUGCAGGAGAUGAUCCGGGCUAUCAGGUCAGCCAGGACGCAGUGUGAGGAGCGGGGGGUCAUUCAGAGGGAGUGCGCAGCCAUCCGGGCACAGUUCAGACAAGCCGACAACGGAGGGCGAUCGCACAACCUGGCCAAGCUGCUCUACGUGCACAUGCUGGGCUACCCAGCUCACUUUGGUCAGAUGGAGUGCGUUCGGAUGAUUGCUAGCCCGCGCUACAGUGAAAAACGCGUAGGAUACCUGGGAGCCAUGAUGCUGCUGGACGAGAAGCAGGAUGCCAGCCUGCUCAUCACCAACUCCAUUAAGAAUGAUCUGUCAAACAGUAACCAGUACAUACAGUCUCUAGCUCUCUGCACACUAGCCUGCAUGGGGUCAGCUGAGAUGUGCAGGGAUCUGGCGCCAGAGAUUGACAGGCUGCUCCGAGCUUCCAACUCCUACAUUAAAAAGAAGGCUGCUUUGUGCGCUGUUCACAUCGUGAGAAAAGUCCACGAUCUGGGAGAGCUCUUUACCAAAGCUGCUCGCUCGCUGCUCACUGAGAAGAACCACGGCGUCGUACACGGUGCUGUGGUGCUCAUUACUGAGCUGUGUGAGCGGAACUCAGAAACACUUGAGCGCUUCAGGAAGACAGUACCAGAUCUGGUUCAGAUCAUGAAAGGUCUCGUCAUUUCGGGUUAUUCUCCAGACCACGAUGUGGCAGGAAUCAGCGAUCCCUUCCUACAGGUACGCAUCUUAAGGUUGCUGAGAAUCCUUGGUCGCAACAAUGAAGCAGCGAGCGAUGCCAUGAACGACCUCCUAGCUCAGGUGGCAACCAACACAGACAGUACAAAGACUGUGGGCAAUGCUGUGUUGUAUGAGACUGUUCUCACUGUGCUGGACAUCAAGUCAGAGAGUGGCCUCAGAGUUCUGGCCGUGAACAUUCUAGGAAGAUUUCUUCUGAACAAUGACAGAAACAUUCGCUAUAUCGCCAUGACCUCUCUUCAGAAGAUUGUUGGGACAGACCACAAUGCAGUGCAGCGCCACCGAGGGACUAUAGUAGACUGCCUGAAAGACCAGGAUGCUUCUGUUAAGCGCCGUGCUUUGGAGCUUUCUUUGGCUCUGGUGUCAGCCUCCAACAUCCGUUCUAUGAUGAAGGAACUGCUCAGCUUCCUCUCCUCCUGCCCCCCCGAGCUCAGGUCUCAAACUGCCAGCGGUAUAUUCAAUGCUGCUGAAAGGUAUGCUCCCUCCCAGCGCUGGCACAUUGACACCAUCCUGCAUGUCCUCACCACGGCAGGGGGCGACGUGAGAGACGAAACGGUGCCCAACCUGAUUCAGCUCAUUACCAACACUUCAGAGCUACACUGUUACACCGUUCACAAGCUCUACCGGGCUCUGCUCAGUGACAUCUCGCAGCAACCUCUGGUCCAGGUGGCGUGCUGGUGUAUCGGAGAGUAUGGAGACCUGCUGCUGAGAGGAGAAUGUCAGGAGACCGAACCUGUGCAGGUCACAGAGGACGACGUCCUGGACGUCUUGGAAACAGUGCUACAGUCCCACAUGUCGUCCCCGUCAACAAGGGGCUUUGCUCUGACCGCCACAAUGAAACUCAGCACGCGCAUCACUGAGAAUGUGGAUCGAAUCAGAAGCAUCGUCAGCAUCUACGGCAGCUGUAUAGACGUGGAGCUCCAGCAGAGGGCAGUUGAAUACAACGCUCUUUUCAAAAAAUAUGACCACAUGAGAGCAGCAGUGCUCGAGAGGAUGCCUGUGAUUGAAAAGAAUUCACAGGGUCACACCAACGGGGAGACCAUCAAGGAGAGUCAAACAGUCAAAGUCAAGCCAGGAGAGCCACAGCAGCCUGCUAACCAGGUGUGUGAUCUGUUGGACCUGCUGGGUGGCUCUGAGCAGCCUCUGCAGCCCAGCCCGGCAUUAGGCAGCACAGCUCCUCCCAUUCCUGUCAGCACACCCAACACUGUUGGAGGAGACCUCCUGGAUCUGCUUGGAGGGUUAGAGCCCACUCCUAUCACGCCAGUUGCCACAGUGACUGUGUAUGAGAAGGACGGUGUGACUGUAACACUGAGUUGUGAGAAACAGUCCGAUUCAGGCCUGACCGUCACACUCACCGCCUCCAACUCCACUGAGUCAGACAUCAGAGGCUUCACCCUGCAGGCUGCAGUGCCCAAGAGUGUCCAGUUACACAUGAAGGCCCCCAGCGGGGACUCUCUUCCUGCAAGAGGCGCAGCUAAAGUGACCCAGAUGGUGGUCCUCAACAACCCCAAUAAGGUCAAUCUAAAAAUGAGGCUCCGCAUCUCUUACACCAGCCAAGGAUCAGCUGUUCAGGAUACGGUCCAGAUCGACUCCUUCCCUGGACUCGGUCAGUGAUCUCAGCCAAUCAAUGCAACAAGACUGAGACACCAGUCUGUGGGUGAAUCAGCGGGCGUCGGUUCUCUCUGACGCAGCCUUUCUACUGACGCACCCUACACACUGCUGGUCCUCGGUUACCCUGAUCUCUUGUUUCUAUGUGUAAGAAACACGGUUCUCUCAGAAGCCUCGUUUAUGGAGUUGCAUCUGUCCAUUCCUCAGGAAUAGAUCAAGGAGAUUAUUGGAGUGGACACUGGAAUAUGCAGGUACAAAAUGGAAAAACAUAAAAUACUUUUUUUAAAAGAGUGUUGCAUCGACAACUGUCUAUUAGAUAUCAUUCAGGGUUUUUUGUUUACAAGCUGCUACAGCUGAUUGUAUUCAGUGUUUCACUCCACAGUAAUAUAAACUUUGAGGGGCUUCUGUCAGUCAUCCACCAGAUCAACACACACACACAGCAGUUUAUGCAUGCUUUUAAUAAAUUUGUCUUUACACUGAUUGAGAGGAGGCAAACACUAAUUAAUGAGCUACUACAACUAAUUUAUUAUAUCAGAUACACAUCAUUUUAUUAGGAAACACAAAUAUAUGAAAUUUGGAUGAAAGGAAACUUUUAAACACAACCAUGAGUCCUUCAUCUUUUUUUUCCCCCUUUAUUCACCUGAUCAGCAAUAUCCAUGUCCUGAACCAUUCCUGUGCCUUUCAUCCUCUCUUAAAAUGUUAUAUUUAGCUUUUGAGGCCAAGAUUAUUUAACUCUUGAGUUGUGUUUUGUUUUUUUAAUCACUCCCAUAUAAGGAUUUUCCUUAAUGCUAUUCUUUGUCUGUUGUUUACCAAAAUGAGUUAUUUUCUGUAUAGUGACGCAAGAGGAAAAACGUGCAUGAUGCUGUCUGGAAAAUGUAUAUUUUAGAUAUUCAAAGUAUAAGCACAAGAGUUUUAUGACUGUAAACAAAGCCAGCAUAUGACUUUGAUAACUCAUCUUAACCCCUUUUAAAACCACUCUGCGUACUGGAUGUCAGCAACGGUGCUCUACAUGGAUUUCACUGGAGUCUUUACCAGACUGUUUGUAUCACUACCUUAACUAAAUUAUAGACACAGAAGGAAUCAUUUGACAGCAGUUUGAAUUGUCUUUCGAUCUUCAAUUUCAUGU